AAAAGCAGGUGGAUGCCCAUACCCCUCAAAGCCUCAAAACUCAAACCCUCCUACUUUUCUCUCUGCCAUCGGUGAAUCAAAUUCAUCUCUGUAAUUCGCUUUCUGAUUUAGUAUCUAUGAAGAGAUCAAUCUCGUUUGCGGAAGAUCAGGUCAACGGAGGUGAUGAUGUUGAUGGUGGCAAGAUGAAGAAGAAGAUCCGCGAAGAUCUGGUGCCAGAUACAGAAAAGGGAACGGGGGAGACGGUGGAGUCGCCACCGGAGACGCCGGAUACGGCGGCGGGUGUUUUGCUGGACGAGAAUUUGCUAUAUGAAGUUCUGAAGCAUGUGGACGCGCGGACGUUAGGUGCGGCGGGAUGCGUGAACAAGCAGUGGCAUCGUACAGCUCAAGAUGAGCGGUUAUGGGAGCUGAUCUGUACAAAGCACUGGGCGAAUAUCGGAUGCGGUAACAACCAGCUUCGGUCGGUGGUUCUUGCCCUCGGUGGCUUCCGGCGACUCCACUCUCAUUACUUAUGGCCUUUAUCCAAGCCUUCCACCUCUGCCGCUACCUCAUCGUCGUCUUCCACCGUCGCUGCUGCCGCAUCCUCUUCGGCUUGGCCGUGUCUACCACCGCCUCGUACAAUUGUUCCGUCGAAGCCUACCACCACCGCUGCGAAAACCCGUUGGGGGAAAGACGAGGUUCAGCUUUCUCUAUCUCUUCUCUCGAUUCGUUACUAUGAGAAGAUGAAUUUCAAUAACCGAAAAUGAAAUCCAGCGAUUUGUAACAAAAAAAAACCCAAUCGCUCAUUUAUUUUUUUUAUUUUUUUUUUAAGUUUGCAGUUUGAUUUGAGUUUGUUGUUUGUUUGUAAUUUUCUGUAGUAUGAAGUAGUAGAUCUGGUUCUACUCUAUCCCUAACUAAAAACAACUAAUCCUUGAGCUCCAAUGUAUCCUGGAUUUCUUUCUUUCUUUGUUUCUAUUAUCAAUGAAGUAUGUGUAAAUUGAGAGACAA